AUGACAGACUUGUACAAACCGGGUGACAAGAUCUUUGCUAAAAUGAAGGGCUACCCACACUGGCCAGCACGGAUUGAUUAUGAACGUGAAGGAUCUGUGAAACCACCCAAAGGAAAAUAUCCAAUAUUUUUUUAUGGAACUCAUGAAACUGCUUUUUUGGGUCCCAAAGACAUAUAUCCUUAUGAGAAGUACAAAGAAAAGUAUCAUAAGCCAAAUAAUAGGACAGCAUUUAACACAGGAUUGUGGGAGAUUCUCAACAACCCUGAUGUGGUGUUUCAGCCAAAG